AUGUGGCUUAGUGCUCCGUCUUCUCGCCAGUUUAAUGAUUUCUUUGAGGGUACCCAGCCAAUUCUGGGCCCCUAUAGGGACGUACGCGGAAACCCUAUCACUCAGUGGGGACAACUUGUGAAACGACAGAUCAUCGCAAGCGAAAGCAACGGAGAACCAAAUUAUCGUGAGACGAUGGUCACGCGAGUGGUGCUAGCGCUUCAUCUCAACCAUUUCACCCUUCAACAGCCAGUGCGGGUUGAAGGUUGCCGCACAGAUACCCGGCUGAAAUGGAGUCCUUCGGAUGCGUAUCAUACGCAUACAUUUAUAGUCGUGGGUGGAGACAAAGGUUUUGUCAUCCACAGCCCGGGAAGCUUUGACGUGGUGUUGAUAGCUGCGACGCCUGUUUCAAGCACUGUGGAGACACGCAGAACGAUGUGGUCAUUUCCUCUCCGGGGAAGUAUCGCUCUCGUUAUUAUGGGUCAAGAAGUAGAGACCUAUAAGUGGACCAAUUGUCGUUAUCGUAUGCAGCAGAGACGCACAAGCGACGUUGGUUCUGCUUCCGAAAUGAGAGUUCGCAAGUGUGGUUCACGUAGGAGCAAAGCAGUCAGACACAACGGUAUCGUCAUUCCUCAUGGGCAAGGGCAAUCGACCAUAUAUAUUGCUGCAGUGAUUUCGGAAAACGAAUCUCCUUCGUCUGAUCCGGGGAAGCGUACGGUCGAAGUCGUGCUGUUUUCUCCAUCGUUGUUGGCCAAAUUCUCGGGUGUGUUGGACGCACCACGAUCCAACCAAGAGCUUCCAUCCGGUUCAAAAGAUGCUUGA